AUGAGCGACAAUAAAAUCUUUAAUGAAGAAUUUGAAGGAGAUAAAAGCUUCACAGUUAAAAAAGUAGACAUUUGUAAAACAUCAACAGAACUUUAUUUGAAACGAAUUCGUGGUUUAAUUCUACCACUUAAACCUAACUUUCUGCCAUUUAAUUAUAAUUUGUCGACUUUGCCAAAUUUUAAAGCUAAAUAUAAUGAUAAAACUUGGCAUGAAUAUCUUAAAAAUGUGAAUCAAAUUUCUGAAAAUGAAAAGAUUUCACAUGAAGCAGUACUUCAAAAAUUAAGUGAUGUUGGCUUUACAAUUCAUUAUUUGUCAAGAGUAAAAGAUACAAUGUUCAAAGAAGUAGUCAAUGCAUUAUUAGAAGAAAUUAAGAAAA